CACUUGUUCCACAUUCAUCUGCUUUCAUGGCUCUCUUCACCUUCUUCUUCUCUCUCCUCUUUCUAUUCUCCAUCUCGACGGCAAAUGCACAGUCUUUUAUCGGAGUAAACUACGGCUUAGUCGCCGACAACCUCCCGUCACCGUCUGAUGCAGCCAAGCUCCUCCAAUCCACCUCCAUUCAAAAAGUGAGGCUAUACGGCGCCGAUCCCACCAUCAUUAAGUCCUUAGCCGGAACCGGCGUCGGAAUAGUCAUCGGAGUAGCCAACGGCGAUCUCCCAUCCCUCGCCUCCGAUCUUAGCGUCGCCUCUCAGUGGAUCAACACCAACGUCCUCCCUUUCUAUCCCGCCUCCGACAUCAUCCUCAUCAAUGUCGGAAAUGAGGUCAGUCUCAAAGCUUUCUCAUGUUUUUUUUCGAGAAAAAUAAGAAAACUAAUCUCUUCCGGUUUGAUUCAGAUUCUGUUGUCGAAUGAUCUGAACCUGGUAAACCAGCUUCUUCCGGCGAUGCAAAAUGUCCAAAAGGCCCUUGAGGCAGUUUCACUCGGCGGGAAAAUCAAGGUGUCUACGGUUCAUGCUAUGACGGUGCUUGGUCAAUCUGACCCGCCAUCGGCCGGUUCGUUUGCUCCCGGUUAUCAGGCCGGUUUAAAGGGCAUCUUACAGUUUCUUAGCGAAACCGGGUCGCCUUUUGUCAUCAACCCGUACCCGUUCUUUGCGUACCUGGGUGACCAGAGACCUGAAACGCUGUCGUUUUGCCUCUUCCAGCCUAACCCUGGACGCGUUGACUCCAAUACCGGAAUCAAGUACAUGAACAUGUUUGAUGCUCAGGUUGAUGCAGUGCACUCAGCUUUGAAAUCCAUGGGAUUUGAGAACGUGGAAGUGGUGGUGGCAGAAACAGGCUGGCCAACGAGCGGUGAUAACAACGUGGUUGGUCCCAGUGUUGAGAACGCAAAGACUUACAAUGGGAACCUAAUUGCUCAUUUAAGGUCUAUGGUUGGGACUCCUUUAAGGCCCGGCAAACCCAUCGACACUUAUAUUUUCGCUCUCUUUGACGAGAACCUCAAGCCAGGUCCUUCCUUUGAGCGAUCUUUUGGCCUUUUCAAGCCUGAUCUUUCAAUGGCCUACGACAUUGGCCUCACUAAAACUAGUAGUAGUGGUAGUCAGACGUCACAGUCUCCAUCGUUGGGAAAAUCAGCAACAUCAGUGGGAUGGUGUGUGCCAAAGGAGGAUGCUACUGUGGAUCAAUUGCAAGCAAGUCUAGAUUGGGUUUGUGGACAGGGAAUUGAUUGUGGUCCAAUAACUCCAGGAGGGGUGUGUUUUGAGCCUAACAGUGUCAUGUCUCAUACAGCCUAUGCUAUGAACUUGUAUUUCCAAAAAUCUCCUGAAAACCCUACGGAUUGCGAUUUUUCUCAAACUGCAAGGAUUACAUCCGAUAACCCUAGUUAUAGCAAUUGCGUUUACCCAAGAGCAGGAUGGUCUGGAGAUGAAAGCCUAGGAGGAGCGCUGAAUAAAUAUGUGACUUCAGACAAAGCAAUAGAGACGAACGGAUCAGAAUGCUCCUCUUUUCUGUCUUUGCCUCUCUUUAUGAUCAUUUUUUUCUUUGUUCUUCCAAUUUCCCACCAUAUGAAUUUCUAGUAGUUACCUUUAUUUAUUUGUCUUAAAACCAAAUUUCUGCCCUUUUUCCAUCUAA